AUGGCGGAGGCAUCCAAUAACGAUGAGCUCUUUGAUUAUGUGGGGUACCAACCAGAUGGGAUCGCUGACGAUGAGGCAAUGGGCGGAAGCAAAAAGACCAAGAAGAAGAAGAAAGACAGGUCCUUUCGCAAGUCCAAAAGCUCCGGACACCAUACUUCUACUAUGCAGGACAGUAGCCGAAGCACCACUUCCGAAUUGUCCGACGAUGAUAUGGAUCUGAUGAUGGGCAGUAAACGAAUCUCGCACUCGUCCAAGAGUUCCAAGUCGUCUCGUCAUGCUAAUAAUAAUCGAAAGAUGAACAGUAGCCAUGGUGACAUGAAUUCCAGCAGUGUGCGCAACCGAAACAACAAUCGAAGUCCCAUGCGACAUACCAUGUCCCACGAUGCCCUGUCCAAAAGCGAUCAUCCUCCCAAAGGCAAAGGAGUUCGUGCCAGGAGUACCCGCUUGAGUCCAACCAGACAAACCAGCAAGGAUCGUAGUUUCACGGCAACUUCGAAUAGAAGCAUGACCAGUACUACUUCUGCUGGCAAUAGGAAGAAGAGCACUACCAAAAAGAAAAAGCAAAAAGACGUGUUGUCCGAAUCUCUUCAUGUCGAUGACGUCUUUCAACAAGCCACCACUACCGACGAUGAAGCCCACAAAAGUGAAGACUACGAUACGUUUGAUGAAGACGAAUUGGAAGCAGAUACCCAACGUCUCAGUAAGUUGGUGGCUCCUUCCAAAUACUCCAAUUCCGACAGUGCCAUGCGCUACGAUGCCAAGAACAACAACAGUUCCGGCAGUCUCAACAAUAGUAGUGGUAAAAGUGGACAACGACAACACGUCAGUCUCAAUCAAGAUCGUCGUCCCAGUCUCCUCGCCAAAUUCAAAGGCAUUUAUUCCAGUACCGAUAUGCGUCGCAACGUCAAGGAAGAAGAAGCUGCCAGUGACGAUGUACCCCUCGAUCCUCGUGUUCGAGCACCCCACAGCAAACGAUUGACAUCGCGAGAUCCCGGGACACGACGUCGAUCCAGUCUCAUGGAUCACAUGCAAGAACUCUUUUACAAUGCGCAACUGACACAGUCGGAACGCAAUUCGACCGACUUUGAAGAUGUGCAAGUCAAUGACAGUGGGGCCAGUCGACGCAAGUCGCAAUUCUCGGCCGAAUUGACUCCUACUGGAUUGAAGAGACCUUCUGGAGACUACAUGUUUGGUCUCCCCAAGGAAGAUCAACAAAACAAGAAACGAGCCGUGUCCGUCAUGAUGGUCUUUUGUGGAUGUGUCGGGUUGAUUGUGGGCAUCGUAUUGUUGGUGACCGUCAUUACGGGAAAAUCGUCGUCUGGUGUGACACCAGAAUCGGACAGUGCUGUUGCUGUUGUCGAGACCAAUGCUCCCACCGUGCCUUCAUCGACAUUGGCUCCUUCCGAGUCGCCCGUGUUCACAGAGCCUCUCACCGCCACGGGCGUGGUCACGGAAGCCCCAGCAAACCAAGAAGAAGAAGAUCCACCCACCGACCUCGGUCGAAAAGAAUUUGACGUCUCGCAAGUCCCAAAGACAUCUCGAGAGGAUGCCCUGCAUUUCCUGGUGCAAGAUCAAAGUGUGUCCAGUGUCGACGACUUGGCCAAUGAUCCCGAAUCACCAGCUGCGUUGGCAUUGCGAUGGAUCAGUGACAUGGAUGCUGCUCAAGUGAGCAUUCCUGGUUUCGACAAGGACGAAAGCGACAAUCUAGCUUCCUUGUACAAAGUCUUGCAACGAUAUGCCUUGGCGGUACUGUACUUUGCGCAAGAAUCAUCGUCACAAACGACCGAUGAUGCUUCUGUCGUUGCUGUCAAGAGCGAAACGGAGCAGCAUAAUCGAAUGGAAAUGGACAAACACUGGACGACGGCCAAAUCAGAGUGCGAAUGGUUCGGUGUGACAUGCAACGAUGACGACUUGGUAGUGGCACUGAAUCUUUCCUCUUCCAUCCUCCAAGGAACAUUGCCACAGGAAUUGCUGUCGGGGGGCGCCUUUCCCGCUUUGACUAGUUUGGAUUUGAGUUUUAAUAAACUCAAGAGCAAUGUCCCGCAUGUUCACGUCGAGAUGCCGACUUCGACCUUGGGUGUCGAUCCUUCCAACAUACCACUGCAGGAACUAUACUUGAACAACAAUGAAAUGAAGGGGCAAAUACACAAUUUGUUUGCAUUGACAGAUCUGGUUGUACUGGAUCUCAGUGGAAAUCGAUUUGGUGGAACUAUCAAAGACACAAUCUCUGGCAUGACCAAACUAUCGAGCCUGAAGCUGCAAAAUAAUCGACUGUUUGGCAAUCUCGCACAUCUGACAAACAUGCCGAGUCUAGAGGAUCUUAAUUUGGAAGGAAACCAGUUCACAGGCUCCAUACCAUCUACAAUGUCGAGCCUCACGAGCUUGAAAAUGCUGAAAUUGGAUCACAACGAAGCGAUCGAGGGGGCUAUCCCAGACUUUAUAGGAUCUUCCCUCACCAAUCUGCAACUUCUUGACUUGCGCGAAACUGGAGUUAAUUCCACCAUCCCAGCUAGCCUGGGCCAACUCGGAAAUCUAGAGGAACUAUACUUGCACGGUACCGCUCUGGCUGGUGACAUGCCAGCUGAACUAUGCCAGCUACGCUCUCCGCAAGGUUCUUUAGCUGCUCUAACGUCAAACUGCGGGGAAUCAGGGACUGUUGCAUGCAGCUGUUGUUCUGAUUGCUUCUGGGGCUAA